AUUUCAUCAAUCACAAAACAAACCACAUUAUAACAUCGUCUCAAUCUUCCAUUACAAAAACAACCUUAAAAACCAAAACCAUUACAUCUUUCAGUUUGUUUGUGAAGAAUAUCAAUAACAAUGUCUCAAUAUCAAAACCAAUACGGUACUGAAACUCGUAAGACCGAUGAAUAUGGAAACCCAGUGAACCAAGUUGGUCAAUACGGCAACCCUAUUAGUGGCGGUGGAUUAACCGGUGAAGCUGGUAGACAACAUUUUGGAACUACCGGUGCAACUGGUCAUGGUCAUGGUCAACAACAUCAUGGAAGCACCAACGUUGGAAGUGGCUAUGGGACAGGAACGGGGUACGGUGGAACAGGAACAGGAACUACUGAGUAUGUGAGAGAGGAGCAUUAUGUGCAACAUGGUGGAGAUAAGAAAGGGGUUAUGGAUAAAAUUAAGGAGAAGAUUCCUGGUACUGAACAAUCAAGAACCAAUAUUGGUGGAACUGGGUAUGGAACAGGAACAGGAACCGGGUAUGGAACAACAGGUUAUGGAGCUAGUGGUGGUGGCAUGGGAAACACUCGUCAAGAGUAUGUGCGAGAGGAGCAUCAUGUUCAUCAUGGAGAUCAGCAACAUGGUGCAAGUGGUGGUGGCAUUGGAAGUCAAGAAUAUGUGAGAGAGGAGCGUCGUGUUAAUCUUGGAGACCAGAAACAUGGAGCUAUUGGUGGUGGCAUUGGAGGCACUGGUCAAGAGUAUAUGCGAGGGGAGCAUCAUGGUCAUCAUGGAGAUAAGCUACAUGGUGCUAGUGGUGGUGGCAUUGGAGGCACUGGACAAGAGUAUGUGAGAGAGGAGCAUCAUGGAGAUCAGAAACAUGGUGCUAGUGGUGGUGGCGUUGGAAACACUCGUCAAGAGUAUGUGAGAGAGGAGCGUCGUGGCAUUGGAAGUACUGGUGAAGAAGAGUAUGUGAGAGAGGAGCAUCGUGUUAAACAUGGAGAGAAGAAAGGGAUUAUGGAAAAGAUUAAGGAGAAGCUUCCUGGCAGUGGACACUAGAUCAUUGGAUACAUGCAUAUCUGGUUAAUAAUAAAUGUGUAUUUGGUGUAUUUUAAACUUUUUGUUUGAGUAAUUUGCUUCAUAUGUAAUGUGUUUUAAUUUGUUGCGUGGAUGUUUUUUUAUCAUGUCAUGUAGAAGUUAUAAUAAUGAUUAAUGAAUGAAUAAUGUAUAUAUGUUGAGUGGGUGUAUA